UUGAUCUCCCGCCUCGGAAGUUGGACACGGAAACGUCGAAAGUUCUGAAGCUUGAUCAUCUGACUAUUGGUAGUCAUGGAAACAACGAUAAAAAGGAGCGAAACAAACUGAAUAUAGAAGAGUUUGAGUGCGGCCUCCAGUUUGAGAGCUCCGAGAACGCCAAACAGGAAUGGUCAGUGACUCUUUACGACUUCGACGGCCGGGGCAAAAUCACCAAAGAGGAUCUCUCAAGUUUGCUGAAAGCUCUCUAUGAUGCCGUUGGGUCCUCUAUCAGGCUGCCACCAAAUGGCGCCAAGACCUUGAAGCUUCGUCUGUCCGUUGGCCAGGACACAGCCUCCCAGUUACAGCACAGCCACAAUGCUAAGUCUUCAGAACGCAGCAAAAACACAAAUAAACCUGCAAAAAAUAAAGUUCAGGAAUUUUCCAAGCUCAACAACCUGACAAGGACUCAGGUCAAAUGUACCAACGAAAAUCUGGCACAGUCGUCUGCUGUCACUAUUCAGGAUUAUGUGGCAACCCAAAAUCUGGACACGAAGAAUCCGAAAUCAAGUCAGCAGCAGUCUGGCGGGUUGCAUCUGAAGCCAGACCACCAACAACUGGCUCAUCUUGUACAGGAGAACAUGGAGAGAAACCAGAUUCGACAGCUGCGAAGGCAUCACAGUGACAGCAGAAACGAUGGCCAGCAGCAUCAUAAACGACGACAUCGGAUCACAGGAACUCAAUGUCCAGUCACCACAGUUUGCGCCGCGCUGUCUGCCACAAUGAAAGCUGUCAUAGCAGAAGGAGGUGGAGGCGGCAACACUGGUGCAGCAGGAGGUGCUCGACCUUCUGCGAGGACAGAUGAUACAACAGACGAUAAACCCAAGGAGAGUCAAGAUCGUAGGAAUUACUACCUAGAUCUGGCGGGAGUCGAAAGCAACAAAUCUAAAUUCCAGAACAAUCCUACAGUUCCGCUUGCAGGCUCAGGUUGUGUGAAAACUUCCGGUGGACAUCACAGGUCAAGGUCGCAUGAUGUAACCACUGGAACAAAAACAGAUAAUGGUACUGAGAAUAAUAUUGACAAUACCUUACUAGACAAAUGUGAUAAUAUUCGUCGAGAAAGUGAGUGGUUGAGAAAUAAACAUGGACGUCUUGAUCAACAUCACCCACGCUCAAAAUCGUUCGACCCCCAGGAGGUGACAGGGCAGACGCGAUCUCCCAAAGGUCACCAACAGCAACCGCCAUCAGAUCAAAUCCGUGGCAGUAGACGAUUUAGGCCAGUUAGUUUGCCGGGUCAUGUUCCAGUAAUGGUGUCCCCGCAUCAUCAUCGUCGCCACCGCCAUCGGGAGAAAGAUCGGGAUAUGGCGAUGCAGCAGGUGGCGCAGUGGAUAGAGCGUGAACAUCCUUGGGAUACAAAGGGUGAUCAGCUCAUCGUUCAGAGACAUGAACACCAUCACAUACACGAACACCAUCACCACCACCACUAUCACCAUUAUUAUGAAACGUGA